AUUUGGGGGUUGUGUUACAGAGUAAAAUGUUACAAACUCGACGCUCGCGACAAGAACGAGUGAAAGUAGCGAGAAACUCGGAGAAUAUUCUGAAGGAUUGUCCUGAACUAGAAACUUAUCUAGUUGGAGACCAACAGCUGGCCGUAGAUAUUUAUACAGUUAACCAAAUGUCGGAGAGUUUAAAGAAAUCCCUUCUUGACUUACUGGAAGGGAACAUGAGAGAAUUUUACGAGAACACUCCGUCAGGUUGGGACAGGUCGGAGAAAUCUGUAGAAAUGUUUGAUUCUAACUCUAGACAUGUUGUGCUGAGCAAGGACGGAGAACCGGUAGCGUUCUCACAUUUCCAGUUCGACAUGGAUCACGGAGUAGACGUGAUAUACUGCUAUGAACUGCAAAUCCUGGAAAAUUGGCGAAGAAAAGGGAUUGGAAGAUUUAUUGUGCGGAUGCUGGAACAUUUGAGGAGUAUUUUUCAUCUGACAAAACUUAUUUUAACAGUGUUUAACUUUAAUUUAGCGGCCAUAGAGUUCUACAAGGAAGGAUUAGGUUUCAGUGUUGAUGAGACUAGUCCAGAGUCUCAGUACUAUAUAAUACUUUCAAGAACAAAUGCACAUUUGUCACCUUUAUAAAUAUUUAGAA